AUGAUCACAACAAAAGAGCGAAUAAAGGAGUACCUAGAAGAAGAAAGAAUGGAAGAGGCAAAAAAAGAAGAUAAAUAUUUGUCCGAAUUAGAACAGUUACAAUUACUGAAUCAAGAAAUACGCGCUCUAAAAUCAGAUGCACCUAUUUCGAAGGAUAGUAGCAGAACAAGACUUCACGACUUAGAGCAGAAGUUGACUACUGGCUUGAACAGGUACAAAAUUCAAGAUGUGACAAAGUUGCCAGAAAAAAUAAUCCGCAUGAAACAGCGAAUAAACGAGCACCAAGACACAGAAAGAAUGGAAGAGGCUGAAAAAGAAAGUCAAUGUUUUACAGAAUUAGAACAGUUAAAAUCAUUAGGCAAUCAGAUUGAAGUUUUAAAACAUGUUGAUUCAAAUAAUGAGUAUUAA